CUGUCGCAAUACCUUUGAUUUAAAACGAAUUUCGUUAAUAAAACGGUUUUGUUCCACGGAUUUCUAUCUGUUACAGGAUCAUGUGCAGCAGUUUGAGAAUAUAGAUCCUAUGAAAAAAAACAGCAAAGACUGCAAACGGUGUAAACUUCACUGCUGUUAGCUCGCGAGGAAGUGUGUGUCACGUCGUAACGUUUCGGACGUCUAUCGAUGGGGAAGAAGCGAGCCAAAGAGAGAGGCAGGAGUCCUAAAGAGGACAGCUCUGUCGACCUGGCAGGUGUGACGUGUACGCACAUCCGUAAAGGAACGGACCCGAGCUGGCUGAGGAAGACGAGCCUGGACAAGAGCUGGGACGCUUGCGAGACGUGCGAGCAGGAGAAAGAGACCGAGAACGAAGACGAAGACGAGCAAGACACGGCGGGGAUAUGGAUGUGUCUCAAAUGCGGACACAGAGGUUGUGGGAGGUUCUCGGAGAACCAACACGCCAUUAAACACUACGAGACGCCGCGCUCGGAUCCGCACUGCCUGGUGCUCAGCCUGGACAACUGGAGUGUGUGGUGUUACAUCUGCGAUGACACUAUCUACUACUCCAGCACGGGACAACUGGCUCAGCUUGUCUCCAACAUCAAGAAACAAAUACUGGCCGAAUCCCGACACAAAACUGCCACUAGGAAAGCGAAGGAAGAGAAGAACACUUCAGCUGACACCAUGCAGGAACACGAGGUUGAAAAAGAGCAGGAAAAGAAAGAGGAGCCGAAAGAAAACAAGAAGUGUGUGAAGCGAAAUGGCCAGGAAACGCAAUCCAGCGGCGUGCCCGUGCGAGGCCUCAGCAACCUCGGCAACACGUGCUUCUUCAACGCUGUGCUGCAGAAUCUAUCGCAGACUUGGCUGCUGCGUCAACUCCUCAGUGACUUCAGGGACGAAGAAAAGAGUGUGUUGAUCACACCAUCGCCAUCCUCCGAACUAGAUCCUUUGCAGGUGCGGUUGCCGAGACCCGGCUCUCUCACCCUGACCAUGUGCCAGCUGCUCAAUGAAAUCCAGGAGACCAAAAAAGGCGUGGUGACACCGCGUGAGCUCUUCACACAAGUGUGUAAAAAGGCAGCAAGAUUCAAAGGCUUCCAGCAGCAGGACAGUCAGGAGCUCCUGCGUUACCUGCUGGAUGGAAUGAGAGCUGAGGAGAGCAUCAGAGUAACUGCUGGAAUCUUGAACGCGCUGAAAAGUUCGGGGAAAACCUCCGAGCCGGAGCAAAAGAAAUUAGUCAAAGAGUACGAGAGCAAUGGCGGGACGAAGAGUUUUGUGGAACGCGUGUUUGGCGGAGAGUUGACCAGCACUGUGAUGUGUAUGGAGUGUAAGACGGUUUCCGUGGUUACCGAAGUGUUUCUCGACCUCUCUCUACCUGUGGCUGAUGAGGCUUACAGGAAAAAGAAAGGUGGCGGCGGUCAGCAGAAGAAGAGCGAAAGCAUGGAAAGUGGGCGGAGCGUCGAGGCUCCACUGACUAAUGGGAUUGAAGAUAUGCCGAUGGGCACGGGAAGCAAGUACCAGCAAAAGAAAGCCAAGAAGCAGGCGAAGAAACAGGCUAAGACCCAACGGCGUCAGCAAAAGCAAGGCACAAAGCUCACGUUGGAUUUGCUGACCAAUCAGAGCGAAGACGCUUCUCUGGAAGCCUCGCCUCCGAGCACGGACGAGCAGCCGGAAGCUGAAGGUGGAGCCGACGAGCUCGUGAGCCAAUUGGAGGCGGAGGAUCAGGAUCAGAAUCGGGAGACGCCCGAAGGAGAUGAAGAAGGGAGCGAAGCGCAGAACUCCACCUCGAAUAGAUUCAUCAGCCUAUCAGAAGAGGGGACGGAGAAACAGGAAGCGGACGAGGAAGACGGGAACGACGAGGCAGAGCUAAGUAAGAGCGUGAGAGCGCUGUCGAUCUCUGAGGACCAGCGGAGCAAAGAGGUGGGAUCAGGGGCGGAGUCAGAGCUGGAGGAGUUGGGGGCGGAGCCAGAGUUUGUGGUGGUGGUGAACGCGGACCCGAAGGCCGCGUUCUCAACUCUGUCCAGCAGGGCGGCACCGAGCGCCUCGGAGAGCUCCGUGGAGUCGAGCCUCCUUCAGUUCACACAGGUGGAGCAGCUGACGCACACCAACAGCCUGCUGUGUUUAACGUGCAGCCGGAGAGCCGCACACGGCGGUAAAAAGAAGGUGUACACCGAGGCAUUGAAGCAGAUGCUGAUCUCGUCCCCUCCUCCUGUACUCACUCUGCACCUGAAGAGGUUCCAGCAGGUGGGCUACAGUGUGUGUAAAGUCAAUAGGCACGUACAGUUUCCUCAGGUGCUGGAUCUCGGCCCGUUCUGCUCUGCCAAGUGCAAGGGGGUGGAGGAAGGACAGACGCAGCUCCUCUACUCUCUGUACGGUAUUGUGGAACACAGCGGCACCAUGCGCUCGGGUCAUUACACAGCGUUCGUUAAAGCCCGACCCCACACACCCGCUAGAAUCGAUUCGCUAAACGGAGCAUCAGGUGACGAGGUGCCCCCUAAAGGCUCCUGGUUCCACAUCAGCGACAGCAGUGUGCAGUCGGUCACUGAGGCCCGAGUGCAGACUUCCCAAGCUUACCUGCUCUUUUACGAGAGGAUCUCUUAAGUCCAACACGUCCACGCUCUCAUGAAGCACUACCUCGGCGAGGAGACCGUUCUUACAGAACCACCACUUCGUAACAGGUCAAAGGAUUUUCCGUCAAAUCGUAGCUGACAACGACGAACUGGACUUCACCUAGCUGGACUGAUGAAUCCUGAUGAAUAAAGGAGUAUUUAGAUUAGAUUUUUAAGGAAAAAAAGGGGGCUUUCUGUGGAGUGUUUCCUGUCAAAGGGAAUUUUUACGUGAACGCAACGCAGAAAUCACAAAUGCACAAUUGGUUUUGUACCAAAACCUGUAAUUAAGUACGCUUUGCUGAAAGUUACAACUUAUUAUGAUAGUGUUAUUGUGUUCCAUCCAAUUCCUUUUGACGGAGAAUUCCGUAUAACUCCGGGUUUUUCCGUAUCGGACAGUAUCAUGCAGCAAUAGUGUGCAAUGAGGGGAAGGGAAGGGUGGAGGGGCAACAGUGCGCUAAUGUUAAGGAGGAACACCUGACUUGCCUAAAUACUAUGAUUUUUUUUUAAAAAAUUCAGAAUAUUUAAUUUCCUUCAAUUUUAUAUGAUGAUCAUGAUGGUAAUAAUUGAUUAAUAAAAAAAGAUUCAACACACUG